AUGUCUGCUCUCCUGCAAGAAGCUGAGCGCAUCGCGAACCAGUUCGACUACUCGCCGAAUGGAGUGCAACGAGGCGUGAAGGAGUACAUUAGAGAGGUUGACGAAGGACUGUCCGAGGAAGGCACAACUUUGAGCCAAAUCCCAACGUUCGUGACGUCCGUGCCUAAUGGCACCGAGAAGGGCUUGUACUUGGCCGUUGACCUAGGAGGCACCAACUUCCGGGUGUGCUCGAUCGAUUUGCACGGCAACAAUACCUUCUCGCUCACGCAGUCCAAAAUUAUGAUCCCUCGCGAAUUGAUGACGUCAGGAUCAUCAAAGGAGCUCUUCCUCUUCCUCGCGCGCCAGAUCGAGUCGUUUCUGCGCAUCCAUCACAACGAGCACUUCGAGGCCCAUCAGCGACGAAAGGUGGAGGCUAAGGAGGUGGACUUGUUUGACCUAGGAUUCACAUUCAGUUUUCCUGUUCGCCAGCUGGGAAUUAACAAAGGUACCCUGAUUCGUUGGACGAAGGGCUUCGAUAUCCCCGACGCGGUAGGCCAGGACGUUUGCGCGCUCCUUCAAGAUGCCAUUGACGAACUGAAUCUUCCUGUGCGCGUGGCUGCGCUUGUAAACGAUACCGUUGGUACGCUGAUGGCUCGUUCAUAUACGUCUCCCGGUGAAACUGGAACUUUUCUCGGUGCCAUCUUUGGAACAGGCACCAACGGUGCGUAUGUCGAAAAACUUGACAGGAUUACAAAGAUGGACAAGAUUGAGCACUCGAACUAUGACAAAUCAACUGGUGAGAUGAUCAUCAAUGCGGAAUGGGGCAGCUUCGACAACCACCUGAGCGUUUUGCCAAACACCAAGUACGAUCAGCAACUGGACGCCGAUAGCAACAACCCCGGUAUUCAAAUGUUUGAAAAGCGAGUGUCCGGUAUGUUCCUGGGUGAGAUUCUGCGUUUGGUCUUGCUUGACCUGCAUCGCAAUGACUCUAUGGGUCUCUUCAAGCCUAGUUCAUCAUCAGAUGUCGUUGUUCCAGAGUCCUCCUCUUUCUACCGACAAUGGGGUAUCGACACCAGCCUUCUCAGUACAGUCGAAGCGGACAAAAGCAAGAACCAUGAGCAGAUCAAGUCUGCACUGAAGGAGCACUUGAAGAUUGAACGCCCAAGCGACAAUGACUGCAAAGCUGUGCAAACCGUGGUUCACGCCAUCGGAAAGCGUGCGGCUCGUCUGAGCGCCGUCCCUCUAGCUGCCGUCCUCAUCUCCACCGGCAAGCUGCAGACCGACGAUCUGGUAGAUGUCGGUGUUGAUGGCAGCCUGGUCGAGUACUAUCCCAACUUCGAGGGAUACAUGAGGGAGGCUCUACGUGAAGUCCCCGAGGUCGGUGCAGCCGGCGAGAAGAAGGUACGUAUCGGUAUCUCCAAGGACGGCAGUGGAGUUGGCGCGGCUCUGAUUGCGCUCGUCGCAAGCAAAGAGGGAACGAAGGCCCCACAAUAA